GGCACAUGUUCUGGCAGUAGCUGUUCAUCCCAGUGGUAAACUGGCUCUGUCUGUGGGCAGUGAUAGAAGCCUCCUUACCUGGGACCUGGUCACGGGCAAGUUGGCCUUUCAGAGGAAGAUUAAAGAAGCUGCAACAAACAUACUGUUCACAUCAGAUGGCAAUCAUUAUAUUCUCAUUUACACAAAACGUGUCGAAAUUUGCAACCUUGAAGACACAAGCACUGUUGUAGAGAUACCAACCAGCUGGAGAAUUAACUCUGUUUGUUUGAUAAAGAAUGAUGUCCUUGCUGUUGGUGGAGAUGAUCGUUAUAUUCGUCUGUUUGAUAUCUUUUCGGGGAAUGAACUGCUGACCCUAGAUAUGGCCAAACCACAAGAAGACAGCUUUAGCAGUCGUGUGCGGUGUAUUUGUGCCACAGUUUGUGGUCAGCGGAACCUGCUGGUCGCAGCUACUUCUAGUGGCAGUAUCAAAGUGUUUGAGGUCAACCUGGCUGAGAAAACCACAGAUGAGGUUUUGUCGCAUGCAGCUCGGGUCAGGGUCACUUGUAUGGCCGUACAUAAUUCUGCUAACGGUGCUCUUGAAAAAGGGGAACCGUCAGAACCUAGAGCAAAAACACAAGUGAAGUCACAGAAGAAACAUGUCACAGAAACAACAAGUAGCCAACCUGAAGAAGAAGAUGUUAGUGAAGAGUCUGCAAGCUCCGACACAGGUGCUGUGAAGGUAACUCCAGGACAAUUUCAGAAACAGUCUAGCAAAGACUCUGCGCCGAAAAGAAAUCAGAAGAAGAGAAAACAACAGCAAAAAACUUCAGUGAAGGGAAACCAGAAGAGAAGGACACCGGCAGGGGAGACAGAGACGAGCAGUAGGAAGACUCAGUCACAGAAAACAAAGACAGUUUCAACACCGGCAUCAUCUGGUGUCAGAAUACCUCCAACUGAACCUGUGCACAAGGCCAAGAAGAGAAGGUUAAAUAAAUAA